ACCACAGAAUAUACCGAUAUCAAUAAAACAAAUAAUCAAAUUAAUCGUAACAAUAUGUCUGAGAAAAAUAAGAAACCUCGAAAGCCUAUACCUGGAUGGCUCAAUUUCGUUUUCGGGGGAAUGAGCGGCAUGAUGGGUAUUUGCGUUGUACAACCGGCUGACUUAGUGAAGACGAGAAUGCAACUCUCCGGACCCUCGGGAAAGAAGUCGGUAUUAGGAGUGGUGGGAGAUAUCCUCAGCAAAGAAGGCGUCUCUGGUUUUUAUACCGGUCUUUCGGCUGCGCUGUUCCGCCAAGCGACUUACACGACUGGUCGUUUGGGAUGUUAUAACGGAUUGAGCAAUUAUUACACAAGUACGUACGGUGUUCCGAGCUUUCCUAUAAAGCUUGUGAUGGGCAUGGCAGCGGGAGGGCUCGGCGCAUUCAUCGGCACUCCGGCAGAAGUGGCUCUCAUACGAAUGACAGCCGAUGGACGUCUUCCUCCGGAACAGCGCAGAAAUUAUAAAAAUGUCUUCAAUGCACUGACCAGAAUAAUCAGUGAAGAAGGUCCGGCAAUGUUGUUCCGUGGUGCCACCGCGACCGUCACUAGAGCGAUGGUGGUUAACGGGGCCCAGCUUGGUACUUACGCGCAGGCUCGUGAGAUGUUGGUAUCUCAAAUGGGCGACGGUAUUGGGCUUCAUUUCGUUGCCUCGUUGAUCUCAGGACUUGUCACCACUUUUGCUUCUUUGCCCGUCGACAUCGUCAAAACACGGGUACAAAAUUCAGCAAAAGGAACAAGCCAAGUAGCCGUGCUAAAGAAAAUAAUACAGAAUGAAGGUGUCUUCGCACUGUGGAGCGGUUUUAUACCCACAUAUGCAAAAAUAGGACCCCUAACUGUGCUCAUAUUUAUAUUUUUAGAACAGUUAAAUGCUAUGUACUACAGAUGGACAGACACUGACGACUGAAAA